GGGGGGAUCCGCCGUCCGGACAGUUUCAGAAGACGCAGAAUCCAAACAUCGGGCACCUCUCUUCAGAUUCUCCGACAAUGGCCACAACGUGCGCGGCGCUGACUUCCAUGUCCACCACCCUCGUCUCUCUCUCUCCUCUCCUCCUUCUUUCUUCCUCCUCCUCUUCCGCUUCCUCCUCCUCUCGUCCACGCUCGUACCCAUCCCGCCCGCGUCGGCAGCUCUUCUGGGUCGUCGACCCCCGUCGAGCUCCCCGCGGUCCCGCAUGCCCCGCGCAAGUCUUGAAGGAAGGAGGGACCCGCGACGGCGGCAGCGCCGUCGACGGGUCGGUCCUCGAUCUCGCGGAAGCGUCCUCCGAUGACGAGCUCUGGGCGGCGUCCCGCCUCCGCGUCCGCACCUUCAAUCACUUCGAGCCCUCCACUUAUGCCGUCGAGGAUCAUAAAAGAUGCUUAGCUGAGCGUGAAUUCGAAGCAUUGAAGGAGCGUAUUGCUGGGAAGAGGGAGGGCUUUAGGAGAGUUUCUUGCAUUAAUGCUACCCUCCCAAUGUCCCAAAUUAUAACUGGUACAGACGAUUUAUUCUCAACAUGUAAGUUCUCAAAAAGUGGAAAAGAUCGAGUAGUUGUUGCUACCCUUGAUCUUAAUCGGUGCCUUUGGCUUCCAGAUGAAAUUGUUGGAGCAAGACCAGAGCAGGGCAUUGGAGCAGAUUUUGCCAGAGCAUACCUGAGCAAUGUAUGUGUUGCUGAGGAACUACAGAGAAAUGGACUGGGUUAUGCGCUUAUUGCAAAGUCAAAGAUUGUUGCCCAAGAAUGGGGCAUAACUGAUUUGUAUGUCCAUGUCGCUGUUGACAAUGAAGCUGCAAGGAAUUUGUACAUGAAAAGUGGGUUUGAGUACGAAAGCGAGGAACCUGCAUGGCAAGCCAGAUUUCUUGAUCGUCCUCGAAGGAUUCUUUUGUGGACCAGCAUCACUGCCUCCCAUGAUUUGUGAUGUUACAACGUUCCCCAAUGUUUUUCGUGUUGUGAUCUUGUAUUUGUAGGGUUGACUCGAUAGACUAGAUAACGGAGUUUUUCGUUUUGUGUAAAUGUCAAAACCUCAGCUUCUUGUUCAUAAUUUAUUGCCCACAUGACAUUAGUGCAUUA